GCCGUGCGAGUUAUCUGGCAGCCGCGGCGGCGGCGGCUACUGUAGCCGUCGCCGCCAGAGACGGCUCUCCCGUAAGUGAUCUUCUCCGUCGGGUGGGGCGCGGCGGAGACUCAGGCCGCCCCAGGACCCGGCGCUGAGGGGAGAGUUACGCGCCCUGGGCUCGGGCGAUGAUGCUAGGAGGAGUUCGAGCGACCGCGCGCAGGCGCCCAGAGCGGAGACCCAUCGCCUGAACCGCAAGAUAGCUGGAGCCCGUGGCGAGCCUUCCUCGGGCCUGCCUUCGCACCGACGGCGACGGCGACGGCGACGGCGGCGACAGCGACAGCGACAGCGACGGCGCCCCUGGUGGCAGUGGUGGCGACGCCAGAAGAAGCAGAAGAAGAAGCGGCGGAAGAAGCCGCGAUCGCGGCCGGGCAGCACCCAGAAACCCUGUCUCCCGCCGGACGAGGUAUGCGCGGAGCCUGCGGCUGCGGCUGUGGCUUCCAGGUCUCCUCCCCACCAGCCUUCCCCGCCUCCUUUGCCCGCACCCCGAAAAGUUCGAUCCCCACCGCCGCCACCGCCGCCGCCUCCGCUGCCGCUGCCACCACCGCCUCCGCCUUCGCCGCCGCCUUCGCCGCCGCCUCCACCACCACCACCUCCACCACCACCACGGCGUCGGCGGCGCAAACGACGGACCAUGGAACUCGAGAACCUAAUGGCCAACACUCUCCUGCUGAAGGCUCGUCAAGGCAGAGUAUGAAGUUACAAUUGAAGAGGAACAAAAAGAGUUUGGGCUAUCCAUCUUACAUAGAUUCUUCAAAGAGAAUUGUCUAUACCUAUUUGAGUGAAGAACCAUUUGACAAAUACCAAGACAGUACAUACUUCUGUCGAUUUUUACAAUGGAAAUGGCUAGAAAGGCGUCCAGUAACGAAGAACACGUUCAGAUAUUACAGAGUUCUAGGAAAAGGCGGAUUUGGAGAGGUUUGUGCCUGUCAAGUACGAGCUACAGGAAAAAUGUACGCCUGCAAAAAACUAGAAAAAAAAAGAAUAAAGAGGAAGAAAAGUGAAGGAAUGGCUCUCAAUGAAAAAAGAAUCUUAGAAAAAUUGCAUAGUAGAUUUGUAGUUAGUUUAGCCUACACUUAUGAAACCAAGGAUGCCUUGUGUUUGGUGCUAACCAUUAUGAAUGGAGGGGAUUUGAAGUACCACAUUUACAACCUGGGCAACCCUGGCUUUGAGGAGCCAAGAGCUGUGUUCUAUGCUGCAGAGCUGUGUUGUGGCUUGGAAGAUUUACAGAAGGAAAGAAUUGUAUACAGAGACCUAAAGCCAGAAAAUAUCCUCCUUGAUGAUCAUGGACACAUCCGAAUUUCAGAUCUUGGUCUAGCUCUGGAAGUCCCAGAAGGGGAGAUGGUUCGAGGAAGAGUUGGUACUGUUGGCUACAUGUCUCCAGAAAUUAUCAAUAAUGAAAGGUAUGCGUUUAGUCCUGAUUGGUGGGGACUUGGCUGUCUGCUAUAUGAAAUGAUUGAAGGACACUCUCCAUUCAAAAAAUAUAAAGAGAAAGUCACCCGGGAUGAACUGGAAAGAAGAGUGAGGCAUGAAACUGAGGAGUAUUCUGAGAAGUUUUCAGAGGAUGCCAAGUCCAUCUGCAGCAUGUUACUCAUCAAGGAUCCAAAUUAUCGGCUAGGCUGUCAGAAUGAUGGAGCUGCUGCUGUAAAGCAGCACCCAGUGUUCAAGGACAUUAACUUCAGCAGGCUGGAAGCAAAUAUGUUAGAUCCCCCUUUCUAUCCUGAUCCUCAGGCCGUUUAUUGUAAGGAUGUCUUGGAUAUUGGGCGGUUCUCUGUGAUAAAAGGAGUCAACCUGGACAGCAGUGAUGAAGACUUCUAUGCCCAAUUUGCUACAGGGAGUGUCACCAUCCCCUGGCAGAAUGAGAUGAUUGAAUCUGGAUGUUUCAAGGACCUCAAUGAAAGUGAAGAUGGGGGAGAUUCGCCAACACAUAAAAAAGAGAAGAUGUGUCCCUCCAUUCUCACACCAAAGAGAAAUGUCUUACGUAGAAUCUUCAGAAGAGGGGGCUGCCUGACCAUUGCCCCCAGUGAGGAGAGGGAGCCAACACAACACUGACCAUUCACUGCGCAGACCACAGAGCGAGACCCUGGUGUAAGAAGGAACCUGUCACAUACUCAGUGUCUUGUCCUUUCCAUGAAUUGUAAUAAACAGUCUAUGACACUGUU